AUGGUUGGAAGCAUGAAGACGAGAGGCAAAGCCGCCGCGAUGGCUAAAUCCACGACGGCCCAAAGCCACUCCACCCACGAUCCCGCAAUCGACAUGGUGGCACCACCACCUCUCACCACUGUACUGGCCACCGCAGCCGAACAAGGUGGGCUUGUUACCACUGCCGACUUAGGUCCGGUCUUGGAGCAACUUCAAGCGUUCCCUCCAUUGCCUCCAUGCUCGACACAUGCUCCCGCGCACACCUCUAAUGAAACUCUAGCCCGUGUGCAAUUGGGCUCCACACACUUCUCUCCUCUCGAUCCACGAAGUCAAGCAUACCUUAGUCUGAGAGUUGACCAACUAGCUCAGAGAAUGGACGACCAAAGCGAUUUGAUGAGGCAACUCCUCCACCAAAUCAGCUUGGCUCAAAACCUUGGCCUUGGACAACCGGGCGAAGAGAGAAGGAUGGACAAACGCACCCGGUAG